AUGGCCACCGACCCGUACUACGAGCACUAUAAGCCCAGUCUGGCAGCCGGAGCCAUCUUCACAGCCCUCUUUUCCUUGACGACACUUCUACAUAUCUGGCAGCUCGUUCAGAGGAGGACAUGGUACUUCAUUCCAUUUGUUAUUGGCGGUUUCUUUGAAAUCAUCGGGUACCUCUCCCGCGCUAUCGCCAGCACGCAGUACCCCGAAUCCGAGAAGCUACCAUACAUCUUGCAAGCUCUGCUGCUACUUCUCGGACCGGCCUUGUUUGCAGCAUCAAUCUACAUGGUUCUGGGCCGUAUAAUCAGAUUGACUGGAGGGGAAGCGUACUCUCUUGUGCGAGUCAACUGGCUUACCAAGAUCUUCGUUUUUGGAGACGUUAUCUCGUUCCUGGUUCAGUGUGUUGGCGGUGCCAUGCUCGCUGGCGCCGACUCCAAGGACGCGCGUGACCGCGGUGAGCUGUUCAUCACCAUCGGCCUGAUCGUCCAAGUGAUCUUCUUCGGCCUCUUUAUCGUCACGACCAUCCACUACAAUUGGCGCCUGCGCAAAGCGCCGACCGACGCGUCCCGCGUGACGCCCGUGUCCUGGCAGAUGUACCUCAUCGUUCUCUACGUCUCCAAUGGGCUCAUCCUGGUCCGUUCUAUCUUCCGCCUCAUCGAAUACGUGCAGGGCGAGGACGGAGAGCUGCUCAGCAAUGAGGUUUACCUCUAUGUUUUCGAUGCGGCUUUGAUGUUCCUGACCAUGGCCAUCUUCAACUGGUACCAUCCGAGCACCCUGAUCCCGCCAAAGAGGAAGGGUCAGGAUGAUGUUGAGGCCAGCAGCGGUAGCUUCCUUAUGCAAGAGCGUGAGAGGAAGUAG